CUAUGGUACUCUUGAAGGCCAACGCCAGGUCAUUUCUGUCAUUUGGCAUGCGCUUGGAGUAAACUAUGAGCAACGAGAUUAACCCACGAGUCUCUCAAUGGCUUACUGAAGUUAGGGUUUUGGAUGGAGGUUUCGGAACAGAAUGUCAAAAGAGGUCUCAUUUACAAAUCCAUGGUCACUUGGCUUGGAGUUCCAGGCUGCUGAAAGAAGAUCCGGAACUAGUUGUUGAAAUACAUAAAUCUUUCCUUCGAGCGGGUUGUGAUGUCAUCACUACGAACACAUAUCAGGCAUCACCUACAACAUUAGUUCAAGCGCUUAACAUAAGCAGAUCAGAAGCAGAAAAUCUAAUGCAUACUGCUGUCAUUUUGGCAAAAAGAGCAUGCGAAGAAGAGAAGCACUCGGAUAAUCCUAGUGAAUUUCAAAGGAAACUGCCUGUUCUUAUUGCUGGAUCUUUGGGUCCAUAUGGAGCAUGCAUUGCUGAUGGAUCAGAGUAUUCUGGGUCGUAUGCAGAUAAAGUUACUUUUGAAGAGUUGGUUGAGUUCCACUUGUCAAGAGCAACUAUCUUAAUACAAUCUGGAGUUGACUUUAUAGCAUGGGAAACAGUUCCACUUUUGAUUGAAGUCUCAGCAAUAUGUGAAGUUAUGCGUAGACUACCAUCAGCAUAUUGCUGGAUUUCAGUUUCCUCACCAGAUGGUAAAACAACUUCAGGUGGGGAUCUUCUCGUAUCUGUUGCCCAAGAAGCAGAAAAGUGUGAUCAGGUUUUUGGUAUUGGAGUUAAUUGCAACAUACCUCAUAAUAAUAUUGGUGAAGCCCUAGCGAACUUAUCUUUGCAUAAAUCGAUAGACCCUGGAAGUACUCCGAACAAGUUAUUAUUAUUUUAUGCCAACGAUGGGCGUCACUGGGUACGAGAUGAUGACGAUGACAGUAAAUCUGAAUACUUAACGUGUCACUCUCAAUACAACGAGGAAAGUUGGCUUCAGAGCACUAUUCGAUGGGCGAAACGUCGUGAAGUUCACAACAGUGAUCACCUCCAUCAGCCAAGAGAAAACAAUCACACUUUAGCUCAGUGGGUCGGAGGAUGUUGCAAUGUUGGACCUGAUUGUAUUAAACAACUUGCGAAGUGGAUGAAACCUGAUGAAUUUAAUGACUUGUGAUGUGGACUCGACAAACUGUAAAAAAAAAUGAUUGUUUCACAUCUGUCUAUCUGCAGUGUGUUGCAUCAAGAUUUUAUCUACAACUUUAUUUGUCUACGUAACAUCAUAUUUUGAAUUCAUAAUAAAUAAUAAAAGCUUGCCUUCAACACUCUAUCACUAC